AUGAAGGGACUCAUUCUCGGACUCGCCUCGCUGAGCCUCGCCAGCGCCGUCCCUCGCGCCGAGCAACCGGCCACACCCUUCCGCCGGGGCUGCCAAGUCUCCGACGACGGCGCCGUCCAGGAUUCUGCCACCGUCCAAUUCACCGGUAAGACGACGACGACGACGCGUCGUCAAACAUAUCCCGACAACUUCACCGUCGACGUACACUUCCACAUCGCUAGCACCGAGGCCGAGGCGGACCUCGUUACCGACGCCAUCAUCGACGCCCAGUGGAAAGUACUCCACGACACCUAUGCAAAGUACAGCAUCAACCUCGUCCUCAACUCCACCGACCGCAUCGUUGACAACCUGACGGGCUCCGCGUUCCUCAUCAACGAAGGCGGAUCCGCCGGCUGGGUCUUACACCAGACCGAGUACAACGCCUACCUCAAGGCCUCCCGCAAGGGCGGCUAUGACGCCCUCAACCUCUACUUCUUCAGCAGCUACUCCCCCGGCGCCACAGGUUACUGCGAGUUCCCCACCGUCCUCCCUGGGAACGGCACAGACAACCUGAUCUUUUACAAGGACUCGUGCAAGAUCAGCGCCAAGACGAUGCCCGGCAUCACCGCCGAGCAGGGUGCCUUUGAGACCUGGAAUCUCGGCCACCCCGCCAUUCACGAGACGGGCCACUGGUUCGGCCUCAACCACACCUUUGCCGGCGGGUGCUCUGACACGCUGGGCGAUUUCGUCGCGGAUACGCCGGCGCAGAGAACCGAUGUGUACGGCUGCCCUGCUGAUUCGGACACGUGCCCGGAUCUGCCGGGUCUGGAUCCUAUCCACAACUUCAUGGGCUACACGGACGAUGUUUGCACGAACGAGUUUACUCCUGGACAGAAGGACCGCAUGUUCUCGACCUUCUUUGAAUGGAGAAGAAAAUAG